AUGCUCAGCGCGGUCCUUGUAGCCGCAGUCGUAGGCGGUGGGGUCCUGGUCCUUCUCCGUCGGCUCUUCCCGCAGCAGAAGGCCGCCCCUCCGCUGCGCCUCCCCGGGGACACCAUGCGGGGGAAGACGGUCAUCAUCACCGGAGCCAACAGCGGCAUCGGGAAGGCCCUGGCCGGGGAGCUGCUCGCCCUGCAGGCCCGGGUCAUCAUGGCCUGUCGGGACCGGACCAGGGCGGAGGAGGCAGCCCGAGAGAUCCAGGCCCAGAGCGGGCACCGGGGGGAGCGGGGGGAGCUGGUGGUCCGGCUGCUGGACCUGGCCUCGCUGCAGUCCGUGCGCCGCUUCUGUGAGCAGAUCCUCCAGGAGGAACCCAGACUGGACGUCCUGGUGAACAACGCCGGCCUGUACCAGUGCCCCUACACCAAGACCGAGGACGGCUUCGAGAUGCAGUUCGGCGUUAACCACCUCGGCCACUUCCUGCUCACCCACCUCCUCCUCGACCUGCUCCGACGCUCCUCCCCCAGCCGCGUGGUCGUGGUCUCCUCCAAGCUCUACAAAUACGGAUCCAUCAACUUCCAGGACCUCAACAGCGAGGCCGCGUACGACAAGGCCUUCUGCUACAGCCAGAGCAAACUCGCCAACCUGCUCUUCACGCUGCAGCUGUCCAAGCGGCUGGAAGGCUCCGGCGUCACCGUCAACGCGCUCACGCCUGGGAUCGUGCGCACCAACCUGGGCCGCCACGUGCCCAUCCCCAUGUUAGCAAAGCCACUGUUUAAGCUGGCGUCCAUGGCGUUCUUCAAGAGCCCGCUGGAAGGAGUGCAGACGCCGCUCUACCUGGCCAGCUCGCCCGAGGUGGAGGGCGUCUCCGGAAAGUGCUUCGCUAACUGUAAAGAAGAGGAGCUAACGCCGGCGGCUAAAGACGAACAGGCCGCCAAGAGGCUGUGGGAGGUCAGCUGUGAGAUGGUGGGGAUAGAGGAGUGA